CCGCCUCUUCGUCGGCCAUGAAGUCCGCUUUCGUUACCGUCGGCACCACCAGCUUCGACGAGCUCAUCACCGCCGUGACGGCUCCCGAAGCGACCCAGGCUUUACAGGACCUUGGCUAUAACAAACUCGUCCUUCAGGUCGGCCGGGGCAAGGAGUGUCCAGACUCAUUUAGCACAGCCACAUUUACCCUGGAAGUGUUCAGGUUCAAGAACUCGCUUUCUGAAGAUGUGGAGAGAGCAGAACUUGUCAUAAGCCACGCAGGAGCAGGCAGCUGUUUGGAAGUUUUGGAAGCUGGGAAACCUCUCCUGGUUGUGAUUAACGACAAACUCAUGGACAACCAUCAGUUGGAAUUGGCGAGGCAGCUGCACAAAGAUGGUCAUCUCUUUUACUGCACUAGCAGGACCCUUGUGGAUAUGCUCAAAUCAAUGGACUUGUCUACCCUGAAGCCUUUUCUUCCUGGACAACCAGAAAAAUUUGCUGCGUUCUUGGACAAAGCGAUUGGCAUUUAAAUACGUGGGUUAAAAGAGAGAGCUGCUAUAAAUGAAAAUGGUAUAACGUCUAUGCAAGCUUACAACAGCAUUUGUCACCUCCAGUGAAAUUAAGUUAAACAUUAAAGCGUUAAUUGAACAGAGUCAGUUCUGAUUAAGAGAUGUACUUUCUAUAACCCAAACCCUUUUAGCUUAGCCUAAUGUGUUGUGUGAAACCAGCUGGUGUAUUAUGCAGCACCUUGUAAACCUCAAACGGAGAUGAGAAUAAAAUCUUGCCAGUCAUAUAAGGCACUUGGCUUGGUUCACAAAGUGCCAAAACCAAACUACGUUACGAUAUUCUAUGUUGUGUAAACUCAGUUUCAUUCAAUAAACCAUCAUUAAGCAGAAUAAUUUCCCACAGUAUGUGAACCAAACUUAUGAUCUGUGAACUAGGCAAUCAUGGGUCAUUCAGUAAACCAUAACGAUCAAUUUAAGUAACAUUCCCUUUUUAAAUGUGUCAAAUUACUCUGAAAAAUGGCCAACAGUUUUCCAUGCUAUUUAAAUGACUAAAUCCUGUUAUCAUUAUGCA